AUGCUUUCACAACCUGUUGAUGAGCUGUGCAUGUGUCAUGUGUGUGCAACUCUAGUGUGUGUGUGUCAAGCAUAUGCAACCUUCCUUGCACCCACACUCUUGCUCACAUUCAAGAAAAGUGUGUCCACAUGCCCAUUUCAAGCCAAAGUGGUCUAUGUGAGGUGGGUGCCUGAAGUGGCCAAACAUGAAGCAAUCUUCCUCAAUGGAAAUCACCACCAUGAGGUGAUGAAGCUCUUGACUGUCCAAUGGACCCAUAUGCAGUACAAAAAGGGAGUUCAGUUGACCAAGAGCAUCUAUGGUGUACAGCACAAGGACAAGUUGGAACAAAGGGGGUCAUGGUCAAGGGCACUCAACAGGGAUUUCCAUGAAUACCUCUUGGGUACUAAAGUGGUGUGGGAGUUGUGUUGUGAGGUACAGCAUCUCAUGCAGUCUUGUGUUGGUGUCCCCAAGGACAAUUGGACAUGGUGGGAUUGGGAUACAGGAGCAACCAGAUUGUGUAUGGCAUUGGAGCACCAACUGCACUUGAAGAACAAGGCCAAGCUGGCCACCAUUGUGAAGACUUUAUUUUCCAAGGGACUUGGGGUGAUGAAGAAUGGUCAAGUUUUGCCUGAUCUGUAUGAUGCUGUGAAGAGAUGCCUGGAGGGCAUGAAGCUUUCCAACAAAAUGUGGGAAACCUACAAAGUCAGGAUGCCACCAAGGGCAGAUGACAAUACCACCACAAGUUGCUGGGGUCCACAGGAAGGUAUGGGUCUGGACUUGUUUAGAAAAGCUGGCACAUUUCUUCAUGGUGACCAUGAAUUUCUGGAGGAAAUGAAAUUGAAAGCAAAAGAAGGGAGGCAAUUGAAGAAGGAAAUGAGUGAGGUGGAGAAAGCCCAUGUGUUCCAAUCCAGGGGGGCACAUAUGAAGAAGCUGAGUGCCAGGGUGGCACAAAUCAAUCAGAGGAAGAAUGCACAGGAUAAUGAUUGCUGUGUAGCAGACUUUGACAAACAGAUGGAGGAGGAGUGA